UGAAUUGAAAAAAAUUGAAUUGAUUUGCAAGGUUUCAUCUCAUGAUAUAAAAUGAAUGACCACGAAAUACUGGCUACCAGAGAAGUAAAAAUGAAAUUUUUCUCCACGCUUAUCUUCGUUGUUUUGUUGAUCCUUGUGGCUGGAGCGGCAGCUCAUGGUCAUGGGGGUCAUGGAGGCCCUGGAGGACCAAAUGGAAAACCACCAAAGGGACCACCUUCUGGGGGAAAACCACCAGGUCCACCACCAAGUGGAGACAGUCCCAGCACAACAACGGAAGCCAGUUCAUCUUAAUGAAUGAAUACUUCGAAUAUUCACUGUUAAGAAUUUGAUAAUCUUUCGACCAAAAAUUAACUUCUGUGAAAACUUCUAUAAGCAAAUAUAACUGGCGUGUAAUUUAAUCUCUUUUCAUCUUAUAACAUAAGAAAAGCUUGUACACAAAAAAUCAA